AUGACCGCUUCGGUGCAAGGAGAUGCGCCUGCGCCCGAGCUUCGGGUCCGUUGCCAAGUCCGAAUCCUGAGGUUCCAGGACCUACCUGUUACGAUCGCGAUGGCCCCGAAAACUGCGGCCCGUAGAACGAGUGUCGGUCCACAACAAGCUUUCAGGACAACCAGGAAAAGAGAUGAGGAUGCUGGCCCAGAUGUGGGAGAAGGGGCAGAUGAGUGGUCUCAGACCAAGGCACCGAUCAAACCCCCAGACCAGUUGGAGCUGACUGAAGCUGAGUUGAAAGAAGAAUUCACUCGUAUCCUGACAGCCAAUAACCCACAUGCUCCCCAAAACAUUGUCAGAUUCAGCUUUAAAGAAGGGACGUACAAACCUUUAAGUUUUGUAGACCAACUAGCAGUCCACUUCAGCUUGACUGGGAAUGUGGUCCCCAAAGACUCAGACGAAGGCAGACGCCAGAAUUUCCGAGCAGAAGUGGCAUCAGAAACUUCUCAGGAGAUUGAGGAGGCACAACCCUCAGAAGCAGAAGGUGGUGGUGAAGGUGAUGAAGGCGGUGAAGGUGAUGAAGGUGGUGAAGGUGGAGAACUGAAGGAAGCAGAAAGCCAAGGGGAGGUUCUGGCAGAAGGGGAAGCAGAAGUGGAAGUAGAAGAGGUUAUUACCCAUGCAAAGCCAAAGGAACGGAAACUCACCAACCAGUUUAAUUAUAGCGAAAGAGCAUCUCAGACGUUCAACGACCCUUUACGGGACCGAGAAUGUCAAAUGGAACCUCCCCCUAGGGCAACCUUCUCUGCCACAGCUAAUCAGUGGGAAAUCUAUGAUGCUUAUGUGGAUGAACUGGAGAAACAAGAAAAGACUAAGGAGAUGGAGAAGGCAAGAGGCCCAGUGGCUAAAAGACGUGAGAAGAGGACGACGAGGAAAUUGACAUCCCUGGACUUGCCGGGUGACGACAUAACCAAGGUGACCCAAGCAGCCAAAAUAGUGGAGCGGAUGGUCAAUCAGAACACAUAUGAUGAUAUUGCCCAAGAUUUUAAGUAUUAUGAAGACGCUGCUGAUGAGUAUCGGGACCCGGAGGGCACCUUGCUUCCUCUCUGGAAGUUCCAAUACGAUAAAUCAAAGCGCCUGGCCGUGACUGCCCUCUGCUGGAGUUAUGCCACACUCACCAAUGGCUCCACCCCAAGCAUGCCAGAGCCUCGGGACGGAGGAAGCAAGAGUUUUCAGGCAUCUGCAGAGUGA